ACAUCAGCGAGGAGCGGUUGGGUGAUGCCAGUGGAACAGACAAUGCCGAGACCUACAGUGACAAAGACACAGACCAAAGGAGCUCCCCAGACAUGACUAAAGCCAAAACCUGCUUCACUCCUGAAAGCCCAGAAAUUGUAUCAGUGGAUGAGGUUGGUUAUGCAGUGCAGAAGAAUGGUGGGAGCACAGAGAGCCGUCCAGAGAGCCCCAAGUACCAUGCAGAGCAGAACCACCUCCUGAUAGAAGGUCCUUCUGGGACAGUUUCUUUACCUUUUAGCUUGAAGGCCAACAGACCUCCACUGGAAGUGCUGAAAAAGAUCUUCCCUAACCAGAAGCCGACCGUGCUGGAGUUGAUCCUGAAGGGAUGUGGUGGUGACCUGGUGAGCGCUGUUGAGGUUCUGCUGUCCAGUCGGUCUUCAGUGGCCAGCGGGGAGAGAACUUCUGCCGAGUCAGAUGGUCUAGUUCUGCCUUCCAGCGGGCACAUUUUUGAACACACUCUGAGUUCCUAUCCUAUUUCCUCUUCCAAAUGGUCUGUGGGCUCGGCCUUCAGGGUCCCCGACACGCUGAGGUUCUCUGCCGAUUCCAGCAAUGUUGUGCCCAAUCCUCUGGCCGUACCUUUGCAGCACCCAUUCCCUCAGCCACCUCGCUACCCGCUGAUGCUGAGGAACACUUUGGCAAGAAACCAGUCCAGUCCUUUCCUGCCUAAUGACGUCACCCUGUGGAACACCAUGACGCUGCAGCAGCAGUACCAGCUGCGGUCCCAGUACGUCAGUCCUUUCUCUAGCAACUCGGCCAGCGUCUUCCGAAGCUCUCCUGUCCUUCCUUCUCGCUCAUCGGAAGAUCCUAGGAUCUCAAUCCCUGAUGAUGGAUGUCCUAUUGUGUCUAAGCAACCUCUUUACACAGAAGAUGAGUAUGAUGAAAGGUCUGAUUCUUCAGACUCGAGAAUACUCAACACAUCUUCAUAG